CCUUCUUCUUCACACGGUGAUUGAAGAACACCUAUAUCGUCAAAUCUCCCAACGACACAACCGUUCGAAUCAAAAAUCGAAACUUAGUUCGUUUCUGCUGCUUGAAUCUGAGAAACCCCAAUCACUGGGCUUUAAAUUCAUCUCCAUCAUUGUUUUUCGUAGCAAUGCAGGCAUGAAAGAAAAGAACUCCGCUUCCACCGCCUCUACACUUGGAAGGAUUCUAGCUACUUGUUCUAAGCAGGCCAAAGACUACGGGAGCUGCGUUGCGUCUAAAGUCCACGAGAUUGAAAAAGACUUGUGCUUAAAACAGUUUCUUGCGCUGAAGAGCUGUAUGCAACAUACGAUCCGAGGAAAGGGUUGAAUCUCUAUAUACUUCUUCUCUUUAGGGGCAUUGAUCAGCACUGAUUAAUCAUGCCUUCAAGUUCACAGACAAGUGUCGGCUCUGGCGCCUUGUCACAUGCGUAUAUACAGCAUCCAUCCCUACGUUGCAAUGUUCCUGAAUCCAGGGGGUUGUUCUACGAUGAUGCCAACAGAUUGCUAAUUUGUGUCACAUCUAGUCAGGUCUUUUCAUGGGAAACAGCUACCUUUAAUCCUGAUGUAUCUCCUUCAGUUGAUUCUAUACCCGAAGGGCCUAUCAUGUGUAUCAGAUUCUCUCUUGAUAAAAAAGUGGUAGCUGUCCAAAGAUCUGAUUGUGAGAUCCAGUUUUUUCAUCGAGAGACCAAGCAGACACUUACUCACAAGUGCAGGGCAGGAUCAGAGAGCCUUCUCGGAUUCUUCUGGAGUGACUCUCCAUUAUGUGAUCUUGCAGUUGUAAAAACCAGUGGUAUGGACUUGUUUGCCUGUGAUUCUGCGAUGAAUCUACGUUUGGUGGAAACCAAGAAAGUGAAUGUGAAUUGGUACAUCUACACACAUGAAUCUCGACUUGUUCUUCUUGCAUCUGGGUUGCAGUGCAAGACAAUUACUGGGUUUCAGCUUUCCACUGCAGGAGUUGUUCGUUUGCCGAAAUUUGAGAUGACCCUGGCUACAACUGAAUCGAACAGCAAACCUAUUAUCUCCGCUGGAGAUGUCCACUUAAUCACUGUCUAUGGCCGAAUAUAUUGUUUACAAGUGGACAUGGAAGCUAUGCUGCUCCAUACAUACAGGUUCUACCGAGAUGCAGUCGUUCAACAAGGUUCGUUGCCAAUAUACUCAAGCAAGUUGUCGGUGAGUGUGGUUGACAAUUUAUUGCUUGUGCACCAAAUCGAUGCAAAGGUUGUUAUCAUCUAUGACUUAUUUGUGGAUUCUCGAGCUCCCGUGUCUGCUCCUCUUCCUUUACUUUGGAGGGGUUACCAAGGCUCCGACUCGUCGUCCCAAGCUACUAACAAGGAAAACGAGAGCCCAGGAUCAUCUACAAUCAAUGAAAACGUAGUCAUGUAUGAAGAUUCGUGGACCUUUCUGGUUCCAGACCUUAUUCUGGAUCAGACUAACAAGGUUCUGUGGAGAGUGCAUUUGGAUCUUGAGGCAAUUUCCGCUAGUAGCUCAGACAGGACGUCUCUUCUCGAAUUCCUACAGCGAAGGAAGUUGGAAGCAAAUAAGGCCAAACAACUGUGCUUGGGGAUAGCAAGGGCUCUUAUUUUGGAACGCAGACCAGCAACUCAGGUUACACAGGCAAUAGAUGUACUUGUCACAGCAUAUUCGUACUCGGUUAAAGCUGGUAUAUACAAGGAACUAAAGAACGAAAAAACUACCCCAACAAACGAUGGUGCAUCUCCUGAUAACGAAGGACGUAGGGCAUCUGAAAGCAGUCUUGAUGAAGAAGAAGUUGAAAUAAACGUACCAUCUGGUUCUGCUGAUGAGCAGCAGGAAUCUCAACUCUCGUCACCAGCCAUUUCACCUGAUGAGCUCUACAAGUUUGUGUUUGCUUCCGUAGAGGAAACGAUGGUUGAGGAAUCUGACUACCUAGUUGCUAUCAUAACUGAGUUCCUUCGCAGUAUAAGCGCAGAGAAACUCAAAGUGGAUCUCAACAUAUAUGUGAUGACCAUCAGACUUUUAGCACACAGUAAACGAUUUGCAGAACUGUCACUAUUCAUCACAAACAAGAUAAUCGAACCAUCAAAGGAAGUCGCGCUCCAGCUUCUUGAGAGCGGUCGCCAAAACCCGCGGAUAAGGAAACUUGGGCUUGAUAUGCUGAGACAGCUCUCGUUGCACCAUGAGUACAUCUCCUCCCUUGUGCAAGAUGGAUACUAUCUUGAAGCUCUUCGUUAUGCUCAGAAGCGUAAGGUGACGAGUGUGCGAUCGUCACUGUUUCUGGAAGCAGCAUUCGCGUCUAAUGAUAUGCAGCAUUUGGCUGCAAUAUUGAGGGCCUUGUCGGAGUUGAUUCCUGGAUUCAAAGAAACAUCCGAGUAUUACACAUUCCAUGGUCUUCUUAAUGAAACCAGUUCCUCAGUUGCUGUCUGAGAGAAAACUCCUUACCAUGUUUUAUGUUCAAUAAACCUAAAUAAUAUUUUUGGUGGUUGUGUGGAUCUUUAUAAGGAAACGAUUUUCUGGUUCAUUAAAAAUAAAACAACGAUUAGUUUUCUUU